AUGAGCGAUAUUAUUGACGUUUUCAUAUCUGGUGCUGGCCCUGUGGGGUUGUUUUUGGCCUAUCAGAUGGCCAAGUUGGGGCAUUCCAUUUACAUUUGUGAUAAGAAUGAAGGACCCAAUACAUAUCAAAGCCGAGCCGUGCUCGUAACUUCAAGAACGAUGGAGACAUUGGCCAAUCAUGGCAUUGUGCAGCAUUUCAUGAAAGAAGCUGCUUUUACCCAAGGGGUUGAGGUGUUCUCAAAUGGACAUUCGAUGGGUACGGUUAAUGCAUCUGGAGAUACGCCAUUCCCGCAUUGGACAUUGCUUCCACAAGGCCGUACUGAAUCGGUGCUCAUUCGCUUGUUGUCGCCAAACAAAGUACAUCGUUGCACCGAGUUUGUGGAAUACACCCAAGAAAAGGAUCACGUGUGUGUGAUUGUGCGUGAUCUUCAAACCGGUGAAACAAAAACAAUCAAGGCACGCUAUCUCGUUGGCUGUGAUGGAUCCCAUUCAAAAGUGAGAAAGGCUACAUCGAGUUGGACCUUUGAAGGACACGCAAGUGCUUCACGUUUUGUCUUGGCAGAUGUUCAAUUAGACGGCAAGGAUGGCUCAGCUAUUACACACAAACGUGCCAGGAUCUUCAACCAUCAUAAAGGUGCAUGUAUGAUUAUACCCCUUGGUCGCAAAUACGAAAAUGGGCCAUUUUAUUAUCGUGUCAUGACGAACCUUGAUCCAUAUCAAGUACAAGAACAGGACGAUGGUCAUGAUCCAACACAUGGCAUUAUCAAGGGUUCGGGCGAUGAAAUAACACUCGACCAGAUCCAGGAGGUGAUGAAUGAACGUUGGCAUCCUCAAGAAAUCAUUCUGAAGAACCCUGUAUGGAUAUCCAUGUAUCGAAUCAACGAGCGUAAAGCGAAUGGGUAUCGUCGUGGUCGAGUCUUCCUUGCUGGUGAUGCUGCACAUUGCCAUUCUCCAGCUGGUGGUCAAGGAAUGAAUCUUGGUUUGCAAGACGCUGACAACCUUGCAUGGAAGCUGUCGCUGGUUCUCAAUAAUGCAACAUCCGAUCCUGAGCUGCUUUUGGAUUCGUAUAGUGUUGAGCGUGAACCCAUUGCCAAGGAAACGCUUAGAGUGACUGGAGAAACCACCCGAUACAGCUUCAGCGCAAACUUCAUUACAGCCACCAUCAUGUAUUAUAUGACCAUGGUUGCAUUGAAGAUCUCACGUGUGCAGGAGGCUUUUGUCACACAAUUGAUGCAGCUUAAACUUCGUAUUGCCAAAGAGUCGACAUUGCUCUUGACAACAACACGUGGAUUGAUUGAAGCAGGCAUGUACAUGCCUGAGACUGUCGUCUUACGAAAGCGCGUCAUGUCACCGGAAUCAAUCGAUCGUCGCACACUAUACCAAAUCGUUUCAGGCACACGGUCUCAGCACAUCCUGUUAUUUGUCGCUUCACGUCAUUCGCAUAUGCCACCAUCCCCUUUGGUGCAAGACUUUUGGGAAAAGCUGCAAACGAAGGAUUUCCAUAACAAAGCCGUACGGCCGGUCAUUGUCGAAUCAACGUGGCAUAUUGAUGAAUGCCGUCUGCCAAGUUUUGUUGAUUCAACCAAUCCUUCAAAUGAAGAGGCAUUUUGGAGCGAAUACCAGUUUACAGCUGAGCAUUCAAUAACGCGACGUAUCGGCUUGAUAGACUUCAUGUAUGAAAAACCCGUUCCCCCAGCUGCUUUGAUUGUUAUCCGACCCGAUAUGUAUGUUGCCCAAAGCAGCCUUAUUCGCUCCAACCAAGACAUCGACACUGCUCUCAAUGCUCUCAAACUCUAUCUCCACUAG